AUGUAUGAAAAAGCUAUAACAGCUUGGAGAUGUACGGAGCAGCCUCAUCCUCAGUGCGAUGAACAUCAUAAGCUUGCGAAAAUGUGUGUGGUAAAAGAUUUGAUGAAAGUGAAUUAUGGAAGACCGUUCUUCGUGUGUGGAGAAAAGACGAAGCCUUGUUCCUUUUGGAUGUGGGGUGAUGUGCAGCCAUUAGCGAAACCGGAAUGUCGCCAUGGAUUACCGUGUGUGGUCUGUAAGAUGAAAAAAGAAGGUCUUAACAAAGAUCGAUUGUUCUUUAGUUGUCCGAAUGACAAGGAGAGUUCGUGCCGGUUUUUCGAGUGGGCACCUGACGAACAAUUGCGAUUUUUUCAAUCUGUGAACCUAUCACUUUUUUCUAAUGGUCCAUGA